CGGUCCCGGUGCAAGAUGGCGGCGCCCACGGUACUACGGCAGCGGUGGGGCCGGGCGGCGGGGCUGUGGGGCGGCCUGCGCCAGGCCCCGCAGCCGCUCUCGUUCCAUCUCCGGAGGCGAGCCCAUGAGCAGCCGCGGCGGGCGCGGGGUGCCGGCGGGCUGCUGGCGGCGCAGUGCGAGCGCGGGCUGUUCCAGGAGGUGUUCCCGGCGCAGAGCGCGGAGGAGCAGCUGCUGGAGCUGCUGGAGCCGGGCCGCCCGCCCCUCACUGUUUAUUGCGGCUUCGACCCCACGGCCGACUCGCUGCACGUCGGGCACCUGCUGGCCGUCAUGGGGCUGCUCCACUUCCAGCGCGCCGGGCACACUGUCAUCGCCGUGGUGGGUGGGGCCACGGCGCGCCUCGGGGACCCCAGCGGCAGGGAGCGGGCGCGGGAGCCGCUGCCGGCGGAGCGGGUGCGUGCAGACGCGCGGUCCCUGCGUGCCGGGCUGGAGCGACUGUUCGAGAACCACCGGGAGCUGUUCUGGCCGGCCGCGGCGGCGGGCGGGAGGUCGCUGGGCCGCGCCGUGCUGCUGGACAACUCGUGCUGGCUCGGCCGGGAGCCGCUGCUCGACUUCCUCGGCGGCGCCGCCGGUCGGCUCCGCAUGGGCACGCUGCUGAGCCGGCAGAGCUGCCAGGCGCGGCUGCGCAGCCCCGACGGUAUGAGCCUCGCCGAGUUCCUGUACCCCGCGCUGCAGGCCUAUGACUUCCUGCACCUCCACCUGCACCACGGCUGCCGCGUCCAGCUGGGCGGCGCCGACCAGAUGGGCAACAUCAUGUCCGGCUACGAGCUCGUCACCAAGAUGACGGGGACAGAUGUGUUUGGAAUUACUGUACCUCUUAUUACCAAUACUACUGGAGAUAAGCUGGGAAAGACUGCUGGCAAUGCAGUUUGGCUAAACAGAGAGAAGACUUCUCCAUUUGAGCUGUACCAGUUUUUUGUCAGACAACAAGAUAAUAUAGUUGAAAAAUACCUGAAACUCUUCACCUUCAUUCCUCUUGAGGAGAUUGACCACAUUAUGGAAAUGCAUGCUAAAGAACCAGAAAAAUGGGGCCCUCAGAAACGACUUGCUGCAGAAGUGACAAAGCUGGUUCAUGGUAGAGAAGGGCUAGAAUCUGCUAAGAGGUGCACUAAAGCCCUUUAUCACAGUAGUGUGGAGGCAUUGGAAGCUAUGUCUGACCAAGAGUUACAGGAACUUUUUAAACAAGCUCCUUCAGCUGAAUUGAUGCUUGAACCUGGAAUGAAUGUUCUUGACCUGUGCCGCAAAGCAAAUGCCAUUGCAGAUGGACCUAGUGGGUAUCAGAAAAUUACACAUGGCGGAGUUUCAAUAAAUGGGAUUCGUGUAACUGAUCCUGAGACCAUUCUUAUUCUUGGACAGCAUAUUCUCAAGAAUGGAGUAUCGUUGCUUAGGAUUGGAAAGAAAAAUUACUACAUUAUAAAAUGGCUGCAGUUGUGACAACAGAAUAACGGAUCAUUUUGACUCUGUUGCUUGAAGAUGUUUCUAUACUGUGCAUUACUGCACAGGUCACAAAUUGCCUGAUACCAGGGUUUCAUUUUCAGAAUACAACAGAGUUCCAAUAAAGGCAGCUAAGUUAAACCACUGAAGAUACUUUUAGAUACUCUGCCUUACUCAGAGUAUGGUUUGCAAGAGGGUAGGCACAAGAUGAAAAGAUUAAUCUCAAAGCCCAAAGAUGAAGAUGUUCUUCCUCUCUGUUAACAACCUUUUGUAUUGUAGGAGAACAGUGGCCAGGGACGCUACAGCAUAAUCCACAGCAAGAUGAGCAAAAGUAUAUUCUCAAAACCAGUACUUCUUUCGGAGGAUGUAUGCUGCUGUCCAAGUUUGACUUCACCCUAGCAGAGAAAUCCACAUAAGUGGGUAAGGACAACCAAUCUACAAGCAGUGUUCUUUUCUGAACAAGUUUGGUUUUGAAGGAAGCUGCAGGAUCUUCACAAUAAAUGAGCAGAAUGAUUUAAGA